AUGCCCCCCGCCAAAAUUACCAUCAUCCACCCCGAUCUCGGCAUCGGCGGCGCAGAACGUCUAAUCAUCGACGUGGCCCUAGCACUGCAAUCGCGAGGCCACCCCGUCACAAUCUACACCUCGCACCGGGAUAAAUCGCAUUGUUUUGAGGAGGCGCGCGAUGGGACACUUGAUGUGCAGGUGCGCGGGAAUACGAUCUUCCCGGCGCAUGUGGGCGGACGGUUGUUUGUGCUCAUGGCUAUCCUGAGGCAAUUGCAUUUGACGUGGGAUUUGUUGUGUGGGGAGACUACGAGUGGGGAUAAUGGGGAGGGGGAGGAGGAGGUGUUCAUUGUGGAUCAGAUGCCUGCUUGUGUGCCCUUUUUGAAGGUCAGGAAGCAGAGGAUUUUGUUCUAUUGUCAUUUUCCGGAUCAGUUGCUUGCCAGGCGGGAUGAGGGGGGUUCGGUACUGCAGCUGCUUAAGGGGUUGUAUCGCGUGCCGUUUGAUUGGUUUGAGGGGUGGGCUGUGAGUGCGUCGGAUAAGGUGGUUGCGAAUUCGAGGUUUACGAGAGGGGUUGUUAGUGGGGUGUUUGGGAGGGAGAAGGUUGGAGAUUUGAGUGUCGUUUAUCCGUGUGUUGAUACGAAGGCUGGGGAUGGGGGUGAGGGGGUGGUGAAGGAUGGGGAGAAGUUGUGGGGUGGGAAGAAGAUCCUACUCAGUGUCAAUCGGUUUGAGAGGAAGAAGGACCUGGCGUUGGCGAUUCGUGCCUAUCAUGGUCUUGGGGAGGAGAAGAGGAAGGGGACUAGAUUGGUUGUUGCUGGUGGUUACGAUAAUCGCGUCCAGGAGAAUGUGCAGUAUCAUCGGGAGCUGGAUGAAUUGGCGACUGGGUUGGGCUUGCAGACGGCGACAUCUAAGACGGUUAUUUCGGCCCUUUCGAUACCCGAUUCCAUCGAUGUGCUCUUCCUGCUGUCCGUGCCGACGGCGUUCCGGGAUACCCUUUUGCUGCAGGCGAAGUUGCUCCUGUAUACGCCGAUUAACGAACACUUCGGGAUCGUACCGGUUGAGGCGAUGCGGGCUGGCGUGCCGGUGCUUGCGUCGAAUACUGGAGGGCCUUUGGAGACCAUUGUGGAGGGCGAAACGGGCUGGCUCCGUGACGCCAAGGUGGAUGCCGAUUGGACUGCGGUGAUGGACAAGGUGCUGUACGGCAUGAAGCAGGAGGAACUGGACAGGAUGUCUGUGGCCGCGAAAGAGCGUGUCGAGAAGGAGUUCUCACUGACAGCUAUGGGCGAGAAACUCGAGCAGGAAAUCGAAGAGAUGCUCGGCCAGGAACAGCGGCCGUUCCAUGGCUUCCAACAGCUUCUUACCUUCCUUGCAUUGGUGGGAGUGGUGCUUGCCCUCGCUGCUGCAUUCCUUGUGAAGCUGCUUUGA